AUGUCUCUACAUCCCAAUGUGGUAAACUGGGAUGACUCUGCUGUAAAAGAGGCAUUCAACAAUGCAAAAAACAGGUUUUGGGCUGAGAUCAACGGCCUUCCCUGUGACAUACCAUUGCCUGAUCCUAACAUAUACCUCGAUGAUGUAGAUUGGAAUGCAACUAUUGAUCCUGAACUAUAUCUGGAUGUGGAAAGAGAAGCAGUAGCCCGCCGCAACAUAGAAGAAAAAGGCGAGGAGGCCGUGAUUCUCAGUAGCUCUUUUCUCUUGAGUCAUUCCUUUUCAGGUCCAGGAUGGGGGGACGAAGAAGAAAAAGAAGAAGUUAGAAAGCCUUCUGAGCCAAAUUAUGCUGGUCAGGGAUGGGAAUCAAAUCAACAUGAAAAUAAUGAAACAAACUCUUGGGAACAAUAUCUUCCUCCAAUUGAUGAACAUGCAAAACAAUAUGGUUGGCAAAAUAGUCACAAUGAUUCUCAGAGGUGGAUUCAGAGGGAGCACUAUGGUGGUGACUUGCAUAACAAGUACCAACAAGGAAGAAAUGGUGGGAGUGGGAAUUGGGGAACAUGGGAUGGAUAUAGCAGAAGGAGAGAAAACAACAUGUCAUGGUCUAAGAGCCCUGAAAAUCAUUAUGGCAAUAAUGAGUAUCAGAUGAAUAGAGGAAGAGGAAGAGGA